CGCAGUGUCCGCAGCCGCGACCCGUAACACGAGGGCGGAAGUCGUUAGCCACGUGCGUUUUUUUUUUGGCGCGCCUCAAGUUGCCAUUGAAACCCGCGGUGACAGCAGUCGCAUUAGCGACAGAAGCAGCAGCAGCAGAAACAGCUGCAGCAAGAGAGACAGCAGCAGUAGGAACAGCAGGAGAGACAGCAGCAGUAGGAACAGCAGCUACACUGACAAUCAAACAACCACGGUGGCUUUAGCGACACUCAUUGCACACUCUGGCGGCGCCGUCGUCAGCGGUGGCGACAUCAUGCAGGCGGACACCACCACCACCACCGUCAUCAUCCGGGAGGGCGACCGCGUCGUGCUGAAGCGAGAAGACGUGCUGAAGGCCGUGCGAGUGGAGAGACACCGGAAGGUGAACUUCGAGAAGAAGUGGUUCUUCGUGGACAGUUUGAUCGGCGCGAGGUACGGCACAACGUUUGACAUCACGGGUGGAGGCGACCUACAGCCCCUGUGUCCGAGCAAUGCGCUCAAGGCUGAAGUCGCGGUGGCGGAGUCCGGAGUCGACAACCGCAACAUCCAGAGCGACGGUUCGGCGCAGAAGCUCACGCGGGACGACAUCUCGGCUCUCAAGGAACAGGGCCUCAGGGGCACGGAGAUUGUGAGCCAGCUGGUGGAGAACAGCAGCACGUUCAAAGAAAAGACGGAGUUUUCUCAAGAGAAGUACAUCAAGAGGAAGAAGAAGAAGUACGAAUCCCACAUCACGGUGCUGAAGCCGAACGCACGCCUCCUGGCUACAAUGUACCACUCGCGCGAGCCGGCCAAGAUCUGCCACCUCCGCGUGGACUCGCUGUCGCAGCUGCUGGCGUCCGGGAACGUGCGCGCCAGCGGCAAGACGAUCGUCGUGGAGAGCUGCUCGGGGCUUGUGCUGGGCGCCGUCAUGGAGCGCAUGGGAGGGCACGGCACGAUCCUAAACGUCCACGCUGGCGCCAUGGCCAACACCACGGCCACGGAGCACUUCGGCUUCCCCGAGCGCUUCUUCGCGCGCGUCUUCUCCGUCCCCCUCGACCGGAUCGGCGCCAUCGCCCAGCAGUGCUGCGACGGCGCUGCCGCUAGCAACACAGACGCCGUUGUCAUUAGCAACACUGACGCGGUCGUCGUUAGCAACACCGGAGCCGCCGCUAACAACACCCCCGCCGCUAGCAACAACACCGCCGCCGCUAGCAACAACACCACCGCCGCUAGCAACAACGCCGUCGUCGCUAGCAACACUGCCACCGUGGUCUCCGCAGAGCGCGCUGGCCUCCCAGAGGGAUGCUCGGACGGAUGUGCGGACGACUCUGGUAUGGGCACGGAGGCGCCAGCUGCCGGGAAUGUGGAGCAACCGGAGCAGGAUUCUCAGCAGGCGGAACUGGAUUCCAUUGCGGGAGAGCAGGCUGGCAAGAGGCAAGGAGAUGUCUGGACCGAGAGUGAGACUGGCAUGGCCAACGUCAAGGACCUCAAAUCUCAGAAGGAGGCGCGGCAGGAGGAGAGGAAGCGGUGCGCAGACAUUGGCGCAACGGAGCUCGCGCGGAGAGAUGCCGAUGGCCUGAUCAUCGCCUGCAAGUUCCAGCCGUGGCCGAUUCUCGAGGGGCUCCUCGACUUCGUCUCCCCCUCGCGACCUUUCGUCGUCUUUUGCCAGCACAGGGAGCCGCUGCUGGAAUGCUACACCAACCUGAAGGAGCGCGGGAACGCGGUGAGCCUCCACCUCACAGAGUCCUGGCUCCGCUUCUACCAGGUUUUGCCGAACCGCACUCAUCCGCUCAUGAGCACAAGCGCCUCCGGGGGAUACCUGCUCGCAGGCAUUACGGUGGCGCCUGAUGCUGGCUCUGCGGCGCGGCCUGUGGCGGAGAAGCCCACGACGGAGCAACCUGUGGCGGAGAAGCCCACGGCGGAGAAGCCCACGGCGGAGCAACCUGUGGCGGAGAAGCCCACGGCGGAGCGACCUGUGGCGGAGCGACCUGUGGCGGAGAAGCCCACGGCGGAGCGACCUGUGGCGGAGAAGCCCAUGGCGGAGGGACUCUUGUUGGAGGUGCCUGUGGCAGAGGAGGAGUCCUCAGCAGAUGAGCCCGUGACGGAGGAGGAGCCCAUGGCGAUGCAGGAGCCUGUGACUGAGAAGCCCACGACAGCCGCGGAGGAGCGUGAAGAGGAGGAAGGGCCGAAAGCCAAGCGAGCCAAGACUGACGGGGAUCGGGAUUCCUAGGUUGUGCCCGCAGAGCUGGGCAAAGCACGAUCGCUCACUCGGUAGUGGUCGUGAUUCACAGCAAGAAGGGGCCUGGGUUCGAUUACAAACUCGGGUGCUCUUCUGUGUGGGGUUUGUUACCCCUGUUGUGCACGGGUUCUCCCGAGUAUCGCACGCAGUACUCGCACUAUAAGACGUUGUCCCAAGUCCAACCGCUUCGCCGCAUGUGGACUGAAUUCAAUACGCGUAACGUCACGAGUCUUGGGUAUAGGUUCGCCGCAUAUACGGCGUGAAAUCGCGCAAACUGAAACCGCGUCAAGCGAUGGGAAACCUGUACAGCGAGACUAACGAUGCACCGAUUAAUCGAUUAAAAGACUUGUUAGGCUCCUGAUGUAUUCGUUGAUUUUCCGGAAAGGAUUGGUUAUUUAAUAAUGGCGUUUCCGGGGCCGUACCGCGAGUUGCUGAGGCACGCGUUGUCAGCUUGGCUCAACAUGCUCUGGCGUUUCUUCGGCAACGCCAAUUCAAUUCUGAAAGACGGCUUCCAACAGGAGUGAAACGUCAAACAUCGUGCCGAAAAACGCAAACACGAAAGCUCUAAAUCAGUGUUCUUCAUUGCAAGGCAGGUGGCCCCUGAUGGCCUUUAGUGCGGACCCCGACAAUACACAAAUUUGAAGACGCCCCUCCAUAUCAUCGUGCUGCUGUAAAAACCCCCAAUGGUUUCAAAUGUGGCGGCCCUCAACACAUUGAUGAUGUCAUAUCGGAGAAAGUGGCCCCCCUCUGAAGAACACUGGUCUAAAAAUAUAUUUUUUAAAUUGUGCAACUCAAAAUGUGGUUACAUUCAGUUGCAGGAGUUGAACCAUAUAGUUAGUUUUUAUUGUGGCUGUAGGAAUUAGGUUGAACCACUCGCAACACAGCACGCCGUCACUAUCGCCAGCCACAAAGCAGAAACAGUUAAACUUUCAUUCAAAGUUAAGGAUUUCUUUUAAUCGGUUAGUUGAUGCAUUGUUAUAUGCCUAUUUUUUUGUAUUGUCGCGCUGCCACAGGAUACCUUUGCAAAGUAUUCAUUUUGACCGUGUCUGGCCUAUAAGGCACAAUGGUAACAUCCACUACGUCUCAUGAAUGGGCAGUGGCGAUUAGAAAAUUUUAUUAAUUGCUAAUAUACGCGUGAGUAUUGGACACUGAUUAAUGAUAAAUUCUGAGUGCUAUAUGCAGGGCCGGAUGUAAGGGGGGGGGGAAGUAGAUAGGAUAUUUGUCCAGGUCCUAAACCUUACAAAUGAUCCCAAGGACAUAAAUAACGAAUAAGAACGUUUGGAUUGUAUAACCGUGUAUUCAUAUCCUUUUAACGCGACUCGUAUCAUUCGUAGGAGCUUCCGUGAUGUCAUGUCGAGCACGCUCGACUUGCAAUCCGGAGGUGAGCAGUUCAAUUCCAUCUCUCGGCACGGCCAAAUACCAUCUAAGAGCCCCCUCGAGUGGAGGCCCUUCCGCCAGCAGUCGCAUGCAGUUGCAGGGCUGUACCUAUACUACCUCGUAAUAAGAGGAAAUAUUUCCUUUGUUGGUGUCACAGGUGCAAAAAAAAACAUCUUCAAUCCGGCGCCAGUCGUGCGUCGAGGUAAACGCUUGUGCCUUACGUGAUGUUCACACCCCAGGUAUUCACUCGACAGGGUGGUCCAGAUGUCUUGACCUCCCCCCCCCCCCCCAAUUCAUUCUGUAAUAAAACUUAAUAUUUGUUAAGGUUUAUUUAAAACAAAUGAAUAUGCAAGGUGGUAUGUUAAUUUGGUGAGGGGUCACGACAUCUUGCCCACCCUGUAAAUACUUUCCACCCCUGCGAUUGAUGUGUGCACUCCCACUGUGGAGCCGGGGUCGGGCACGCUGGAUUACAAGACGCUUUGCUGUGCCUCGAGUGUGAACGCGGUGGCCGUCGUCGUAAACAUUCAGAGUUCAAAUCACAACGUGGCGCGUGGUUACGUUGUGGGCAGUGCAGGGCAGCAGAAUCUACAGCUCCCACUGCUCCAGCUCUUUUUGUUUCCUAAGGGUAGCCCCCUCACUGGGAUGUGGACGGGGUAGUGAAAGGAGGAUUCCGAAAAGCGAAACCUUGAAAGUCGAAAAUGGAAGAGCUCUCCGUGUUCACCAAGCUGCGCUGACCAGCGUGGUGACGUAUGGUUAAACAACCACCCCCACGGAGGCAUACGGUGCGGGAGAGGACCCUCGGCCAAGCAGUGGCCCGACAACAGGACGAUACUUGUACACUCUGCGUUCUUAAAACGUCCAAACAUCGGGAAGAACGGCAUUCGAUGUGACAGCACACCCACGCGCGCCAGCCGUUUUAUUUGGUUUGAACGCUUGCUUCGUCACCCCUUCCAAACAGCAGCAAUGUCAAAGGGAAACGAGCAAUCGCCAUGAUUAAUCAACAAGUGCAAGGAAGAAGUGUAAAUGCAUUGUUCCAUCAGCUGCAUAGUCAAGUGUUCCCCCGCAACAACAAAAAACACAUUUAUUUUUCACCCCAUGUGUGGGUUUGCAGUGACCCCUUGCCCCACUUGGAGUGAUCCACGUACAGAACCUCCACUAAAAAAAAUUAUCUGGGGUACAUUGAGAAAGUAACCUUUCAUUCACACCUCCCAAACUCAAUACAACUCAUUCAGCCUUUUAGCACUCACUCCUUUCUCAAGAUAUGGAGGGGUGGAUUGAACAUUCAAUCGGGCGUUGUGGGAGGGGGGGGGGGUGUUAAAUAUCAAGUUGUGUAAACAAGGAUCACCAUUUUAACACGUAGGCUUUCGCGACCAAUAUCCAUAACAGGUUUUUUGGGGGGGUUAGAUCAAAUCUGGCUGCCACCUAAUGAUGCCGGUUGUAAUUACCGGUGAAACGGCGUACUCUUGAUUGUAAAUGGUGUGGAUUUGCUCUCCCAACACACCAGUGGUGUUGUACGAGUAACGAAUUGGCAUGUUCCGUUUACGCUGCAUACUUUAUUAAUUGGCUAUCGGGCACUGGGUGCUUUAACGAGACAUUAAGAUUUACACGAUCCAACCUAAAAAGAAAUCUGUUAUGAAGGAUCACCCUGUAUACAUUGUAAUGAACAUGAUUGCUUUUAGGCACAUUAAGCAUUUCAACCACACCUAUAUUAUAACAUGGUCGCAGGUUCCGUAUGCUACCUUUGUGGCAAUAAAAUAAAAAUCAGAGGCUGCGUAACUUCGUGUGAGUUUCCCCCUCCCCCCCCCAUCGUAAAGGUGUGCAGGAUGGGAGCAGAGGAUCAUUAAAGUGACAGGAAAACGAGCUCAACUGGAUCUGUUCAUCAGUGAGAAUGUUCUCUGCAAUUAAUGUAUUGAAAUCCACAACAACCCCUCUCCCGUUCCAGACCGCACCAAUAUUACCCACGCUAAACACCCUGGGUCUGUCAUUAGCUCCACGGCAUGAAGGAACGCGAGCAGAACAGCAUUCCAAAAUUUAUUUUAAACUUUUGCUGCCGAUAACAUUACCAGCGGUGUAUUGGCACAAAAAAGCCACAACUCAAAAGUUUGUCAACAACACCGCCUUAAAAGAAAGACAUUUCAAGCAAUGGCCAUUCUCAAUUUGGCCCUUCGAUAAAGGGCCACUGCCCGAACAUCGCCUAUUAUAUCAGCCCCCCACCCCUUUUUGGGGCAGUCUCAUUGACGGAUGCGUUGGAUUUAAGUUUACUUUGGACUAAACAAAAACCCCGAAGCAAAUUAAUUUCAAUCGGGAUCACAACGGGCUCUUGUGUGCAGAUGUUACGUGCUGCUUUGCGUUACCGCUAAAAUUGGCGGUGGCUUGGGGAGGCGCUUCAUCUAGCAUGGGCCCCGCCCCCCCCCACCCAUGCUGGAUGUUGGCCGUGGUUGACGAAAGGCGAUGAUAGAGAAUAUGAAAAUGUGGGAUUUUAACGGACGAGAUGAGCGGGAAUGCCAUAUGGCACUUGCACAGCAUUCCUCCCGUUCCACAGACACUCAUUCCCUGCGAGCGUGUUUUUUUUUUUGUCAGGCCGAGUUUUUUGCGCUGUCAAGUUAAAAGAACCCCAUCGACACGAAGGGUAAACGCAAAACGACACGGUGAAAAUUCCUGCAACUAAAGAAUAGCAAAAAAGACGGCACAAACAAAGCAAAACGAUCCUUUGAAGAAAAACAGACACCGCAAUGGUUAUGUUUUCUGCGUAAUUGGAAAUGUUAGCAUGCUGCUAGAAAGGAGCGCAUUGUGUAACCAGUGCAAGAC